AUGAUGAAGUUGUCAUAUUCAGGUGUGGCACUGUGUGUGGUGGUGAUGGUGGCAGUGAUGCUAAGUGAAGAGGCAAGGAUGGCAGAGGCAGUGACAUGCAGCCCAGUGCAGUUGAGCCCAUGCUUGGGCCCAAUAAAUUCAGGGGCACCUCCUUCAACCACAUGCUGCCAGAAACUGAGGGAGCAGAGGCCUUGCCUUUGUGGAUAUCUCAAGAACCCAAGCCUCAGGCAAUAUGUCAACAGCCCCAACGCCAGAAAACUUGCUUCCAACUGUGGUGUUCCCGUCCCUCAAUGUUAA